AUGGCGGCAGUGCACUUGGAGCUCCAGUCAUCCGAGGACCAGUGGAGCGCCGGCGAGCUGGCCCUGCACCGGCUGCUCCGUGUGCCGACCCCGAGGAACAACCCCACGGCGCACGGGCUGGCCCCGCACCACGCCGCGCGCGUGCACGAGAACCACCUGCUGGCCGUGGGCGCCCUCGACGGCUCCGGCCAGCCGUGGACGUCCAUCUGGGGCGGCGAGCCCGGGUUCGCGGGGCCCGUCGCCCCGGGCGUGCUCGGCGUCAGGUCGCUCGUGGACAAACGACACGACCCCGUCGCCCGGGCCCUGCUCGGCCACCUCGCCGAGGGCGAGAUCCUCGACGGCGCUUCCUCCACCUCCUCCGCCGGCGUCGCCGGCCUGCCCUUUAGCGCGCUGAGCAUCGACUUUCGGAGCCGCGACCGCGUGAAGCUGGCCGGCAGGGUGGUUGCAGGCGUCAUGAACAAGCCCGACGGCGAAUCCGGCGUGGGCCAGGUGCAGCUCGCCCUGGCGGUGCUGGAGGCGCUGGGCAACUGCCCAAAAUACAUCAACCUCAAGGCCGUCCGCCCGCACGUGCCGCGGCCCGAGCUCGCGUCGGACUCGCUGCCGCUCAGCCCGCGGGCGCUCGAGAUCCUCGAGCGCGCCGACCUCUUCUUCCUCUCGUCCUCCAACGGCAAGGGGCAGAUGGACACGAACCACCGGGGCGGGGCGCCGGGCCUGAUACGCGUCGUGCGCAACAAGCCCGCCGGUGGCGACGACGGCGACGGCGGCGGCGGCAGCGGUGGGUCAUCCGAGGUCGUGCUCGCCUACCCCGAGUUCUCGGGCAACCGCCUGUACCAGUCGCUCGGCAACCUGCACCUGGACCCGCGCGUGGGACUGGCCGUGCCCGACUUUGCGUCGUCCGACGUCCUGUACCUGGCCGGCACGACGCGGCUGCUCGUCGGGGCCGAGUCGGCGGCCCUGCUGCCGCACACGAGGCUCGCCGUGCGCGUCGACGUGACGGCCGCGCGCCUCGUGCGCGACGGCCUGCCGUUCCGCGGCGACGUCGUCGACUUUAGCCCCUACAACCCGCCCGCCCGCCGCCUGGCCGACGAGGUGGCCAUCGUGCCGGGCAGUGGAGCAGGGGGGGUGGGGAUGACGGCGACGCUCAAGAGCCGCGAGAUCCUGUCGCCGACCGUCUCGCGCCUCACCUUCUCCCUGCGGAGCGACCAGCACGGCGUCGCGCCACCAUUACCACGGUGGGGCCCAGGCCAGCACGUCACGCUCGACUUCUCGGCCGAGCUGGACGUGGGGUACAGCCACAUGCGCGAGGAGGACCCGCAGAGCCUGAACGACGACUAUGUCCGGACCUUUACCGUGUCGAGCCCCGCGCCGGCGGCGGACGGCCUGGCGAGCGAAUUUCAGAUCACGGUGCGGAGGCACGGCCCCGCCACUGGCCUGCUCGCGCGCUGGAACACCAGGGUGCCGCUCGAGCUGCCCGUACUCGGCUUCGGCGGCGGCGGCGGCGGGGCGGGUCUGGAGAUACCAGUUGGUGAUGCCGGGGCGGCGGCGGUGACGGCGGUGUUUGUGGCGACGGGCGUGGGCAUCACGCCGCUGCUGGCCCAGGCUGGUCGGAUAUUACAGCCGCAGCAGCAGCAGCAGCAGCAAGGGGACGGGGUCGUUGCGGGCAAGCUGGAGGUGCUCUGGAGCCUGCGGGCCGAGGAUGUACCGUUUGCGCUGGAUUCGUUUAGGAGGAUACCAGGACUGGCCGGCGUCACCCGCCUCUUCAUCACCGGCAAGGCGCAAGAUGACGAGUCGCAGACGGACGAGCUGAAGGGCCUCGGCGCCGCAGUGGUGCAGGGGAGGAUUUCAAAGGAUGCGCUGCUUGCUGCCGGGCUGGGCGAGGGGGCGUCGCGGAAGUAUUACGUGUGCACGGGUCCGGAGGCGGCCAGGACCAUUGCCGGCUGGUUGGAGAAGGAAGACGUGGUAACGGAAAGCUUCCAGUACUAG